AUGCCUACCGAGAUUCCACAGCCACCCGGCGUGCCGCUCCUGGGCAAUGUGUUUGACGUCAACCCUAAUGAGACAUGGAACUCGCUGAACAAGCUGGCUAAGCAAUAUGGUCCCAUUUUCAAAAUCAAUGCGCUGGGCACGCAAAUCGUCUUCGUCGGCAGUGUCGCCCUCCUGGAGGAAAUCUGCGACCAGAAGCGAUUCCGCAAGUGUGUCACAGGCCCUGUUGUGGAGAUCCGGUAUUCUGUGCACGACAGUCUGUUUACAGCCUAUGACAACGAGAAGAGCUGGGGCAUCGCGCAUCGGAUCAUGAUGCCGCAAUUGACUCAGUCCGCCACUGAUAACCUCUUCAACGACAUGGCGGAGGUGAUCCCCGACCUGACCAAGAAAUGGACGUCGGGGUCCAAGAAGAAGGUGUUGCUCACGAACGACCUGGACCGGCUGCUGCUGGCGUCCUGCAUGCAGAGCUUUUUCAACCAGCGCGUCCACGUUUUGGAGGGCACUGAGCCGCCCAUGCUCAAGGCCAUAGACGGAGCAACCAUGGAGGCGAUGAAGCGACCUACGCGGCCGAAACUGCUGAACUGGCUCGUGUAUGGUCGUCGGUUCGAGAAGGACACCAAGACGAUGCGCAACUUCGCGGCCGAUGUGAUCAAGACUCGAAGGGAAAAGCCGGAGACGGCUCGCAAAGAUAUGCUGGAUGCACUGCUCAACGGCACGGACCCCGAGACCGGCGAAAAGCUCAAGGAGUCGCAAGUCAUUGACGAAAUCAUCUCUAUCUUCAUUGGCGCCGCGACCGCACCCAACUUGAUCUCCUACGCCUUGUACUACCUGACACAGAACCCGGCCGCGAUCACUAAAGCGUGCGAGGAGCUCGACUCGGUGGUCGGACCCAACGGCAAGAUCGAGCUGGCGCACCUCCCGCAGCUGAACUACGUCGAGGCGAUCCUGCGCGAAUCGAUCCGGCUCUCGGCCACGGCACCGGGCUUCAACAUCGAGCCCAUCCCGUCCAAGGACAAGAGCCCGAUCCUGCUCGCCGGCGGCGAGUACCAGGUGCCGCACGACCAGGCCAUGAUCGCGAUCCUGAACUCGGUCAAUCGCGACCCAGCCGUCUUCGAGGACCCGGAGGCGUUCAAGCCCGAGCGGGUCCUGGGCGAGAAGUGGGACCAGCUGCCGGCGGCGGCCAAGAAGGGCUUCGGCAACGGCAAGCGCGAGUGCAUCGGCAAGCUGUGGGCAUGGCGGUGGUCGUUCUUUACGCUGGCCAGUAUCCUCAAGGAGGUGACCUUUGAGCUGGCGGAUCCCAACUACGACCUGCACUCCAACGGCGCGUUCAGUAUUAAGCCGCUGGAGUUUUAUGGUCUGGUGAGCCCGCGACAGAAGUAA